AUGAUGCUCGACAACAGAGAUUCUACGUAUGGGGGCCGUCCUGCUCGCGUGACCUCGAAUUCCUAUGCGAACGGCUCCAAUCAGAACUGCGGAAACGUCAUCUCCGACAUCCCCAGCACACGUGUUGCUGCGCCACCCGGAGGCAAAUCCUCGAUUUGUCUCGGUUGGGACGACAGGCCAGCUGCUCGACCUGCAGGCAGGCCGCCCGCGGAGGAUGCAUCACGGGCUCAGGCCCGGCCGGCUGGUGAAGCCCUGCGCCGAGAUCAUCGGUCCCCGGAGGACCUGGCAUACGGGACACGUCCGCGUGAGAGUUCCAACAGCUACGCAUCUGGCAACAGCCAGAACACCGGGAAUGUUCUGACGGGUGUUCCCACAACGCGGGUGUUGAGGCCACCAGGAGGCGCUUCUGAGAUGAGCCUGGCAUGGGACACCGGCUCCAAAGGGAAUAGCGCCGCGACUAUGCCACCAGCAGGAGCUCGACGAGCCGCCCCCCAGGAUGCUCAUGAGGCCUUUGGGCAACGGGUGCGUGUCUCCUCAAACUCGUAUGCAAAUGGCGCAGAUCAGAACUGUGGCAACGUGUUGUCCGACACCCCUACUACACGAGUCCUGAGGCCUCCAGGUGGCGGCAGUUCUUUGAAUCUCGGCUGGUCGUGA